CUUACACUGUUUUCAUACACAGACACACGAGUCCCCCACCCAGUCACUGUAAUUUGUAUUCUUCCAUUUCUCUUUCUUUCUUCGUCCGACACGACGUCGUUUACUCUCUUCAUCAUCAUCUUCACCAAACACACACACUCCCACAUUCUUCAACCUCAAACCCUCUCUCCUCACCAGAACCUCGCAUCAUCACCAGAUCCACCACCGUAACAACUCUCGGAUCCGGAUCCGGAUCCACAACUCCUCAAACCUGGAGCAGUUAAAAACAAUCGGCCGCGAACUCGCCAUGGGAUCCCAAGGCGGGUUCGGCCAAUCAAAAGAAUUCCUCGACUUAAUUAAAUCAAUCGGAGAAGCUCGAUCCAAAGCCGAAGAAGACCGAAUCGUAAUCCGCGAAAUCGAAACCCUUAAACGACGAAUUUCCGAACCAGACAUACCAAAACGCAAGAUGAAAGAGUACAUUAUACGUCUCCUCUACGUCGAGAUGUUAGGUCAUGACGCUUCUUUCGGUUACAUCCACGCCGUUAAAAUGACACACGACGAUAACCUUCCAUCAAAACGCACUGGUUAUCUCGCCGUUACUCUUUUCCUAAACGACGAUCACGACCUCAUUAUCUUAAUCGUCAAUACUAUUCAGAAAGAUCUUAAAUCUGAUAACUACCUUGUCGUUUGUGCUGCACUUAAUGCCGUUUGUCGACUCAUCAACGACGAAACUAUCCCUGCCGUUUUGCCUCUUGUUGUUGAUUUACUUUCUCAUUCUAAAGAAGCUGUUAGAAAGAAAGCGGUUAUGGCUCUUCAUAGCUUCCACCGCAAAUCUCCUUCCUCUGUUUCGCAUCUUAUCUCUAAUUUUCGUAAGCGAUUGUGUGAUAAUGAUCCUGGUGUUAUGGGUGCUACUCUUUGUCCUCUCUUUGAUCUUGUAAACGCUGAUCCUACUCCUUAUAAGGAUCUUGUUGUUAGUUUCGUUAGUAUUCUUAAACAGGUUGCGGAACAUAGGUUGCCUAAGAGCUAUGAUUAUCACCAAAUGCCAGCUCCAUUCGUUCAGAUUAAGUUGCUGAAAAUUCUUGCAUUGUUGGGGAGUGGCGACAAGCUUGCUAGCGAACACAUGUAUACUGUUAUUGGCGAUGUAAUUAGGAAGGGCGAUUCGUCGAGUAAUAUAGGGAAUGCUAUUCUCUACGAGUCCAUUCGCUGUGUCUCUUCUAUAUAUCCCAAUGCCAAGUUGUUAGAAGCUGCUGCGGAUGUGAUUGCCAAGUUUUUGAAGAGUGAUAGCCAUAAUCUGAAGUACAUGGGCAUUGAUGCUCUCGGUCGGCUGAUAAAGUUAAGUCCACUUAUUGCAGAACAACACCAACUUGCCGUCAUUGACUGCUUAGAGGAUCCGGAUGAUACUCUGAAGCGAAAAACUUUUGAACUGCUUUAUAAAAUGACCAAGUCUUCCAAUGUGGAAGUGAUUGUUGACCGUAUGAUUGAUUACAUGAUCAGCAUUAGCGAUGAUCAUUAUAAAACCUAUAUAGCUUCUCGAUGUGUAGAGCUUGCCGAGCAAUUUGCACCAAGUAAUCAUUGGUUUAUACAGACCAUGAAUAAAGUUUUUGAGCAUGCUGGAGAUCUUGUGAAUAUUAAGGUUGCACAUAAUUUAAUGCGCUUGAUUGCGGAAGGAUUUGGAGAGGACGAUGAUACGACAUAUAGUCAGCUGAGAUCGUCUGCUGUUGAGUCAUAUUUGCGGAUUAUUGGGGAGCCAAAGCUUCCAUCAGUGUUUCUCCAAGUUAUCUGUUGGGUUCUUGGGGAAUAUGGCACAGCUGAUGGAAAGCAUUCUGCUUCCUAUAUCACUGGGAAGUUAUGCGAUAUGGCAGAGGCAUAUUCUAAUGAUGAAACUGUUAAGGCAUAUGCAAUAACAGCGUUGACAAAAAUUUAUUCCUUUGAAAUAGCAGCUGGGAGGAAAGUGGAUAUGCUAUCUGAGUGUCAAUCUUUGGUUGAAGAGUUAUUAGCAUCACACUCCACUGAUUUGCAGCAGCGUGCUUAUGAAUUGCAAUCCGUUAUUGGUUUGGAUGCACGAGCUGUUGAAGCAAUAUUGCCGCAUGAUGCAAGUUGCGAAGACAUUGAGGUGGAUAAGAAUAUUUCUUUCCUAAAUGAUUAUGUCCAGAAGGCUAUAGAAAGAGGCGCUAUGCCCUACAUUUCAGAGAACGAGCGCUCUGGAAUGGUGAAUAUGAGCAACUUCAGUAGCCAAGAUCAGCAAGAAUCUGGACAGCAUGGUCUGAGAUUUGAGGCGUAUGAAGUUCCAAAGCCUCCUGUGCCAUCAAAAGUUACUCCAGUUUCACUUUCAUCGGUAACUGACCUUGUUCCAGUAUCCGAGUCAUUGUAUGCUAGGGAGACUCACCAUAUUACUUCAGUGGGAGUAGCAUCAGAUACAGGAUCAUCUGGGCUUAAGCUAAAGCUUGAUGGUGUUCAGAAGAAGUGGGGUAAACCUACUUAUUCGUCCCCAGCAUCAUCUUCAAAUUCUACUUCCCAAAAUCCAGUGAAUGGGGUGACAAAGGUGGAUGUUGCAACUACUGUAAAUUCAAAAGUACGUGAUAGCUAUGAUUCAAGAAAGCAACAGAAUGAAAUUGAUCCAGAAAAGCAAAAGCUUGCUGCUUCACUGUUUGGUGGUUCAACUAAACCUGAGAGAAGAACAUCAGCUAGCAGCAAGGUUUCAAAAGCUAGUGCUGGUGCUGCAGACAGACCUCAGGAUUCAAAAGCUGCAAUUGUACCCAAUAAAACAUCUGGAGAGAAAACUAAUCAACAACCUCCUCCUCAAGAUUUGCUUGACUUGGGUGAACCAACUGUCACUGUUGCACCUCCCACUGUGGACCCAUUCCAGCAACUGGAAGGACUUCUUGACGCCAGCAUUAGUUCUACAGUAAGUCCUAGUGUUGGCGCUGUUUCAAAUGCACCUGAUAUUAUGUCACUCUAUACCGGGUCUACUUCUAGCGAACAGAGAGGUGCUGGGGGCUAUAUCCCUGUGACUGGGGAUAAUUUGAAUCUUUUAUCUGAGUUGUCAAGUGCAGCAGCUGUCAGAGGGACCACAGGAGAAACAAAUGCAGCACCUUUGUCACUAUCUGUAAAGGGUGCCAAUGCUAAAGAUUCAUUGGAGAAGGAUGCAAAAGUCAGACAGAUGGGUGUGACCCCCACUAGCCAGAAUCCCAACUUGUUCAGGGACUUGCUUGGCUAAUCUGAUGAGGGGACAAUUGUAAAUCAUGUUGGUUGAGGGUAGAUUAUCUUGCGAGUUACCAUUGAUGGAGUUUCCUGAGCCAAUUGGCUAUUGAUAUAUGCAAAAUUGAAUAAUACACAUUAUGAUCUGGCAUGGAUGAUUGCAGCCACCAAGAAUUGAGCGAUUCCAUAUCCAGGAAUGAUGACUAAAACAGUUAAAAGACUUGUACUAGUUGCAGAAUAGCUUUUGUAAGCUUUCCUCGUUGGAUCCAGGUUUUGAUCAGUCUAGACUAUGAAGGAAGGGUACUGUUGUGCAUGUUCAUUGCAUUAUACUCUUUCAAUGGAAGUUCCUGAUCAUCUAUGUUGUUAUACCUAAGCACUGCUUCUUUUGGUUCCGAUUUUUGUGCAUUUUUCACCUGUCCAUAUAGUGUUUUUUUGUUGUUUAAUGAGAAGCUUGACACUGCGGUCAAAAUCAGUUUGAUGUAUGACAUUUGUAAACUUGAAAAUUUUAGUGAUAAAUGAGUGUAGGGACUAGGGUCAUCUGUUACUUUGUUGAAGAUCAAUUUCUCCUUGAUUGAUCGUUUCAUUCUUAAGUUAUCUUCAAGUCAUUCAUCUAUCAUGCGGAUGGGGAUUGUUUAUGCUAUCUGUGCUCUUAACGUCGAUUAUACAUAUUGUACAAAUAUUGGAUGAAGGGUUAAGGUUGGCUUUACAUCAA